GGGAUCGCCGCCGAGAAGGAGUGGCGGAGGUGCCGGCGGCGGGAGGACAUGGCAGCUGUGACACCCAGCCUGGGCCGCAUCCACCCGGCAUCCACCAUCCUCUUCCUAUGCGACAUGCAGGAGAAGUUCCGCCAAGUCGCCUACUUCCCCCAGAUCGUCUCUGUGGCCGCCCGCAUGCUCAAGGUGGCUCGUCUGCUCGAGGUGCCGACAGUGCUGACCGAGCAGUACCCACAGGGCCUGGGCCCCACGGUGCCUGAGCUGGGGGCCGAGGACCUGCAGGCCAUCCCCAAGACCUGCUUCAGCAUGGUCCCCGCCGUGCGGCAGGAGCUGGACUCCCGGCCCCAGCUGCGCUCAGUGCUCCUCUGCGGCAUCGAGGCUCAGGCCUGCAUCCUGGUGAGGCGCCCGGGGACCCCAGAGACACGGGCUCCAGCGCAGGUGCCCAGGGAGCCGUGCCCUUCUCACGUGCCCCUACCCCGUCUUCUCUGCCCCCAGAACACCACCCUGGACCUCCUGGAUCGGGGCCUGCAAGUGCACGUGGUGGUGGACGCUUGCUCCUCUCGAAGCCAAGUGGACCGACUAGUGUCCAUGGCCCGGAUGCGCCAGAGCGGGGCCUUCCUGUCCACCAGUGAGGGGCUCAUCCUGCAGCUGGUGGGUGAUGCCUCCCACCCCCAGUUCAAAGAGAUCCAGAAGUUGAUCAAGGAGCCCAGCCCGGACAGCGGGCUGCUGGGCCUCUUCCAAAGCCAGAACCCCCUCUUCGGCUGAGAUGCCAGGAGCCGGCCCGCCCUGGACCCCCACCCCACCCCCUGGACCCCCCAUCCCGGGCGCUCCCCCCAUUCCUGCAUCCCAGGAGUGGUGCAGUCCGCCGGGAGCACCGCCCCUCGGGGCGGGGGCGGAGCGCCGCCCGCCCAUUGGGCCGCGCCUCCCGGAAAUGCAAAUGUGGGCGGGGGAGGCGGGCGGCGAUUGGCUGCGCGGCGCGGGGGCGUGUCAAGGGGGCGGGGCCGUCCCCACCGGCGGGUCCCGCACUCGCAGAAUAAACAUUGAUGCCGC